AGGAUUUGCAUCUGGCAGGCCUCGUCCACAACAUCGGAAGGAUGAAGACGAAGACAUGGAAGUGGGCCGACGUCGAGAAGAGGCUCGUGUAGAUGGGGGUGGCGAGUAGAAAGGCCGAGGACUGCGGGAAAAAAUGGGACAACCUGUACAUGCAGUUCAAAAUCGUGCACAAGUUCAUGGGAGAAUUUGGGAAGCCUGAUUUAUUCACACUAGCGUCGCGGGAGAGGAAGGAGCGGGGGUUCGAUUUUCGGAUGGACGAGAGUGUGUAUUCGGAGAUGAAGGCCAUGUCCAGGGACGAUCACACUAUACACCCCACGAAUCUCACGGACACGGGUGCGGCUGGAGGUGUUCAAUUGCCCGGCCCACGUGGAGGUCGGAACGAAUCCGGCGCUAGUGACGGAUGCGGGGAUGGACAGGACGAUGAUCAGGAAUCGACGAGGGAUUCAACGUUCAGCGGCGGUGGUGCUGGCGGGUGCGGCAAACGGAAGAAUGUAAGACAACAGACCUUCGACACCAUUGCGGACGUCAUGAAGGAGCACGGGAAUCUGAUGGCGGCGCCGGUGGACAGCGCGAGCAAGAGGCAGUGCUCAAUUCUGACGAGGCAAUGCGACAUUCUCGAGCGAGAGCUAGAAGUGCAGAAGGACCACUACGUGAAGGCCAACCAGGCGUACUUCAUAAUGUGCAACGCCCUUCUGGAGAUUGCUAAAGCGAUCCGCGAACGAUCCUAACGUCGCUGGGCCACACAUGUCCGACGUCCACGCGAAUGCCACGUGUGCACUUCCGGAUCAUUGGCGUUGCCGCCACCCUGC